AUGAAGCCUACAGGUCAACAUAAUUUAAUUGUUAACCCAAGUGGGAUUGAGGAGGGCCUUCAAAGUCUGCGUGAAGGUGGUGUGCCACCAAGGUUUCUGAUUAUAGAUGAUGGUUGGCAAGAAACAGUUGACGAAAUCAAGGAAGUGGAUGAAGCCCUCCGUGCGCAGACUGUAUUUGCGCAGAGGCUGGCUGAUCUGAAGGAGAAUCAUAAGUUCAGGGGGGAAACCUGCAAGAAUCUUGAGGACCUUGUUAAAACGAUAAAAGAAAAACAUGGAGUCAAGUGCGUCUACAUGUGGCAUGCUUUACUUGGAUAUUGGGGAGGCACCUUAGCAACAUCCAAAGUGAUGAAGAAGUAUAAUCCAAAGCUUGUUUAUCCAGUCCAAUCGCGGGGUAAUGUUGCGAAUCUGAGGGAUAUUGCCAUGGAUAGCUUGGAGAAAUUUGGAGUGGGUAUCGUUGAUCCUGACAAGAUAUAUGAGUUCUACAAUGAUCAGCGCAGCUACCUUCCUAGUGUGGGUGUGGAUGGCGUGAAGGUUGAUGUUCAGAACGUGUUGGAAACUCUUGGACGCGGAUUUGGUGGUCGUGUUGCAGUAACUCGAAAGUACCAGCAGGCUCUUGAGAAAUCAAUUGCCCAGAACUUCAAAACAAACAACCUAAUCUGCUGCAUGAGUCACAAUUCAGACAGCAUCUUUAGUGCCUUGAAGAGUGCAGUUGCUAGAGCCUCAGAAGAUUUCAUGCCUCGGGAACCAACACUGCAAACUCUGCACAUUGCGUCUGUGGCAUUCAAUAGCCUAUUGUUGGGAGAAAUCUUCAUACCUGACUGGGAUAUGUUCCAUAGCAAGCAUGAAUCAGCGGAAUUCCACGGAGCAGCUAGAGCCCUGAGUGGAGGUGGUGUUUAUGUCAGUGACAAACCUGGGGUGCAUGAUUUCAGUGUUCUAAAAAAGCUUGUUCUACCAGAUGGUUCGAUUCUAAGAGCAAGGUAUGCUGGUCGUCCUACACGCGAUUGUCUGUUCACUGACCCAGUCAUGGAUGGCAAAAGUCUGAUGAAGAUAUGGAACUUGAACAAUUUCACUGGUGUCAUUGGAGUGUUCAAUUGUCAGGGAGCUGGACAGUGGGUUUGGCCAGUUAAACAAACUGCUUAUGUUCCUACCAACAUAAACAUAACUGGUCAGCUCUCACCGUCCGACGUAGAAUCUCUCGAGGAGAUAGCUGGUGAUGACUGGAAUGGGGAGACUGCAGUAUAUGCUUUCGGUUCAUGUUCUCUUUCAAGGCUUCAGAAACACCAAAGUUUGGAGGUGUCACUGUCUACUAUGACAUGUGAGAUCUACAGCAUUUCACCAAUAAAGAUUUUCAGCGAAGUCGUCCAGUUUGCGCCUCUUGGACUGAUCGACAUGUUCAACUCCGGUGGUGCACUUGACAAUAUUUCAAGCGUUGCAGAUUCUUCAGCUACGACAGUUCAUAUAAGAUGCCGAGGACCAGGGCGGUUUGGGGCGUAUUCAGACACCAGGCCAGAGCUUUGCAGAGUUGAUGAACACGAAGUGGAGUUCACUCUUGCAGAGGAUGGCCUCCUGACCUUUUACCUUCCCCCUUCUUCCUCCCAGGACAACCUGAGACACGUUGAGAUUGUCUACAAAGCAUCAUGAACGACAUUUACCCUUAUGAUUCUUACGCUCCAGCAUGCAAUUUCUGGCGUGCUCUUCAGUAACCACCACACAUGCACAUUGACAUGAUGUAACAAAGAACCCAUUUUGUUGGAUUUGACUGUGUAUGCUGUGCUGCAAAUACCUGUUUUAUACGAUUGUUCUGCACCUGGACUGCUAUAAUUUGAUUGAGAUGGUAUAGUUUUUUUAGAUAAAAGAUGGACAUGGUAUUUGAAUUA